AUGAGCGACAACCAUCCUCCUCCUGCUGCUGGACCUCAAGGAGUCCCGGAAUCCCCGAUGGCCACACGCAUCAAGGCCGUCCUUCACUUGGAUGAGGGUGACGACGUCAAUGCGCUACUCGCCGAGCGUGAGCAGGGACUUCAAGAGGGAGGGGAGGCCGUUACGAAAGAGGAGCAGGAUUUGGACUGUUGGGGGGAGCAACUCCAUGGAAGAGUGCCCACUAGCCAUCGCCCACCACCCAAGCUGCUCCCAACUGCCUCUACGUCCCAGCCGGACCAAACCAACUACACGUAUACUCAGACCAAUUCCUCCGUCAAUCCCGCUUCUCAAGUCACCCUCAAGGAGACUACCAUCCAACGUCUCCUCCAGCUCAUGGGGAGGGAGGCCGUUCUCGGCCAGCGCCGCAAUGAUGCCGCUGUCCGCGAAGGAAACAUCAAGUUGCCCGCUGGCAUGACGCUCGGCGAUCGGGAGUCGAAACCACCCAAGGAGGCCAAGCAGACUAAGAACAACCAGGAGAACACCUAUGCCAUGUCACCUGACGAAACCGUCGCCUCAGACCCGAUUCUGACAUUCACGUCAGAGCAGUGGACUCGCCUUACAGACGUGGCACUGCAAGCCGGAGCGUUGGACUCAAUGGACAGGACUUUGAGGAGGCGCGAGGCCAACGCCAGGUCACUGGUUGGCGCCACCGACGAACCUGAGGAGGACAGUGGCCCGAGCCAAUAUGAGCCUAUCGACUACUCUGGAGUGCUUCGGUUGGCCGUGGUCCCGACCAACGAAAUCGAGACGGCGAUCACAAAGUUGGAGAACGAUGUACAAGACCAGAGAAAUAACAUGUCUGACCGCGAGCGGCGUGUUGCUUCUCUUGAAGAAUCGUUGCGCAAGCCCGGCAAGAUGUGA